AUGGAAGCCGAGCGAGGCGUCGACAGCCAGACCCGUGAUUCGAACGGUAGACUCGUUCACCCUUUCUUGCAACCAGCACUAAAAUAUCCACGACACAGAGUUGAUGACCCUCGAACGUCGUCAGGAAAAGUAUUCACAGACAAUUGCAUGGCUUCAGAUGCAUUGUUCUAUGGAGCCAACCAGGAUGCCGAUGGUAAGAACCGUGGAGAGGUGGAUGGCACCCUCGUUUUGGACUUGUGUGCAUGGGAUACACACGCACUUGCCACAAUGGUGUUGGCCAUCAUGGCAGAAGAAGUCAGUGGAUACAAAGUUUCGAUUAGUAAAGGUGGCUUAGGCGUGGACAUCACUGAGCGCAUGUCAUCCGUGGGGUCUGGAACGUGCACUCCGACCCAUUUAAAUGUCGAAGUUUGGACCUCAAGUACUCUAUCAGACCUACGAGUUUACUUUAACGAGAGUUACCAAGUUGGCGGAGUGGGUUACUUCGGACUCUCUGGAGUAUACACCACGCGUCAGUUCGUACAGGAUGGUAUGAAAGCGACCCCGCCGUAUUUUCCUGAUUUCUGGAAGCACUAUAAAACCAGUGAUGCGCUUAUUGAUGCUCUAGACGUAGUGUCUUUCAAAUCAAAAUCCAAGUACUACCCCCCAGCGGAUACUAUAUGUACUGACGGGACCAUGGGCUGCGAAGAUAACUGUGAACGAACCCAAGCGUGUACUGAACGCGAGGGUAAUGGAGACAACUGUUUAGUGCUGGCAUUGAUGGUCCCAGAUUACGACCAGGGAUACUUCCAAGCGGUCUUCGACAACCUGGACAUCCCUGCUUACUUCUGUUUUAUCGGCUAUGACGGGGUGAACCAAUUCGCUGCAGACGCCGCCCAAUCCGGCGAUCGAGUUCUCUUCUACCACUACGAACCGGAUUUAUUUCACGUAACAAACAAAGGAAAGUUCGAUCGUGUUUCACUGCCACGCACAGAUCCAGAACGAGUAAAAUUGGCUACAGGUGACUAUGGAGAAAGCGGGUUCGGCAAGAAAACCAGUAACCCUGUGGAUGUGGAUUAUCCAAGUCUCCUACUUUCUAAAUUUGCAGCUCAUGUUGUCAAAGAUUUACCCAUCGCAUCAUUAUUUUCCAAGUUUACGCUAUCUGACACGGACAUUAAUGCCCUGCUUAGUGAGUAUAGUAUCGCAAUGAGUGGUACCGAUCCAGAACCGUAUUUUCGCGCAGCUUGUAAUUGGGUAAAGGCGAACUACGAUACUUGGAGUGACUGGCAUGAUCGCCUACCACUGUGCACAUUUGAUGACCAUAUAGUCAGUCAUGUGACCGGGUGUGAUGAUAAUACUUCUAUUCAUGAAAUCCAGUUUGCUUGGAAAGCACCGAAUCCAGGGAAUAUGUCACUACCGAAUAACUGUGAUGGAGGUGUAGCUGCUCUUCCAGAUACCAUUGCUACAAGUCGUUCCUGUGACUGGAUCGAAGCAAAUCAACGCACGUGGUCGGGCUGGAUCGAUAAAAAACCGGAAUGUGACUCGAGUUUCUACGCCUACCACGUUUCUGACUGUGAUUCGGACGCUUACCGGACGGUAAAAUACUUCUGGAAACUGCCCUAUGCUUCAAAUAUAUUACUUUCUGGCGAAUGCUCUGGUGGCGAUAUAUUACCAGAAGACGUAAGCAUUGACUGCGAAUAUAUGCCAACAUCGUCCCCGACGUUUAAAGCUUUAGCGGCGCUAGCAGCGAUUGUGGCGGUGUUGCUUACUGCUGCUGCGGUGGUAGUGAUUAAACAGCGUAACGCACCAAUUAUCCGACGAUCUCAAUACGAAAUGCUGCUAUUGAUGAUUUUUGGAGGGUUUUUCACGACUGGAGCGGCGGUCGCUUAUGCCGGACGUCCAACGGGAAUGCUGUGUGGAAUUCGCCCCGUGCUGGUGUGUAUGGGGUUCACGACUAUCUUCGGUGCUUUAGUAAUGAAAUCCCUGCGAGUCUAUCGCGUAUUCAUGAAAUCUGCCAUGAAAAGGGUGAAAGUUACACUUUUCACCAUCCUCAAAUUUCUUGCAAUAUUUUACGUUGGAGAUAUCAUCAUUUUCAUCGGAUGGUACGCUGCAGAUUAUCCUGAACCGACCAUUACGACCGAAGAAGCAUCGGAAUUUCAUGGCACGGUGGAUAAAAUCUCUUGCAGCUCCUCAAGUUUUAUCUUCACAGCGUUGCUGAUCUUCUGGAAAACUAUCCUGCUGGUCUUGGGGUUGUAUCUGUCGUUCCUUAUCCGCAAUGUAUCUGUGGAUUUUCAGGAGUCUCCAUGGAUUUUUGGCUCGGUUGUGGUGGUGCUCGUGGGCUGUGUCCUCGUCAUGCCGAUGUCAUACCUCGUACGAAUGAGAGCAGCUACAUACUACGUUUUUUUGGCGUGUACGCUAUUAAUCUGCACGAUGGUGAUCAUGGGAUUAAUGCUCGUACCGAAGCUUUUCCGUCUCAAAGAGGUCGGUACUGUAAGUUCUGGAAGCUCAAAAAGCGUUGUGAGUGUGCGAAGCAGACACAGCUUGCUGUCAGCCAAGUCAAGAUCUAUAUUGAAUGUAAAUGACGCUGCCGGUAACAGCACUGCACCCGGUUCACGCAGAUCGUCUCAGCAAACAGUCCAAGUGAAGCCUCUUCACAACUUGGAGACAAUCACAAACAGCUCCAGCAGCGCCAAUUAA